CUUUCAGCCUAUUCCCCCUUUCAUUUUUCCUGUACAGUCCCUUUCAAAGGGGCUGUAGAUGUAAUUUCAAUUAAAAGAUGAAUGUCUAAUUCUUUAUAUAAUCAAAGUUGUGAGAAGUAUAAUUUUCUCGUUUAUUCUUUAUCAGACAAAUCGGACAUAUGAAAUCUAGUCUAGCAAGCUUUAAAUGUUUAUUACUUAGGUAGCGGCCAAACUCUGUUACUCGCGAUUGCCACAAUUAAUUAUAAGAAGAGAGAGAUUAGUAUAUAUUUUAGGGUUAGGUUAGGUUUAGACACUUUUGGGGGCCGCGCGCUGCGGCUAGAACUGGCUCUCUUUCUUUCAAUGCAUUGCGGCAUUCGCAAGUAACCCAAAUGGGCCGCUGCCUAUCACUUAGCUUUAAUUACUCGAAUUGCAGGAAGAAUGGAGAAAGGAACGUCGAAGCUUGGUCGGAAAAAAUCAAGAAAAGUUGGAGCAAGUUCUAAAACUCGUUCCAUGAAGAGUUGUGAAUCUCUGAUUUCAACCCCAGUCCGCUCCAGGCAAGAAUCAUCAGCUGAUGAUUCUAUUUGCGAGGAGUCUCCUUAUACUUACCUUAGCUCACAGGCUGUAAUACCAGAGAAGGAAGUUUACUGGGAUUAUGAUACUCCCCAGAUACGAAAAUACCGAUCCAAGAUGGGAAUCGGAGUUAAGUUUGGAGACGAGGACGGUUCUCCAAUCCAACCCUUGAAACUGGAGAAGGUUUCUACUCCCGAGGUUAAGCUCCACUGUAUGUCCCGACCUCGUGAGGCCCCGAGAGAAACAGCUGAGGCUGUUGCGGCAUUUAACGAUCUAGUUGAACUUGCAAGCAAGCUCAGGAAAAGAGAAGUAAAGAAGAAAGAAGAAAAAAAUAAAACUUCAACCCCUGUGAUACGACCAGUUCGAUUAAACCCUGUCGAGACGGAAACUAGCUCCAAGUCGGAGUUAAACCAUGAAAGUUUUGAGUUUAGUGAUGAUGACUCUUUACUUAUCCGCUGUACACAGGAGGCGGAGGGUAUAAUUCCACUCCCUGUAACCCCGCGUACCAGCAGACUUAAAAACAAUCUCAAGGAAAAUUUAUUGAAAAAAUGUGAACUUGACUUUGAGAGUGACGAUUCAAUGGAUAUCAUGAUGUCUCAGAUUGAUGAAAAAGAAUUGGUUGCACGGAAUUCUCCGACCUCAAGAGAGCAAGAAACAGACUCUAAACGUCCUCUUGAACCGUUAAACUCCAACGCCAUGACUUCUCCGUCCUUCUCAAGGUCAAUUAAAAGAUUCAAGAGCAGUGAUGAUGGAAUAAGUCCUAAGACCUCCUCCUCUCUACGCCGGGUUCAUAGUUCCCCUGUAAUCCCUAAGGAGACAGCAGCUGCAAGGAGACGGUGUACCCUAGAGGAAAUAGAACGGAAGAAGCAUGAAGCUAAACGGAAGCGAGAGCUGAGCCAGCAGCAGAAAAAGUUCUAGAUUUAUGAUAAAUCGCUUCCAGUAAGCACUGUACAUAUUUAUUUUUUAACCCACUGCCGUACUAUUUUAAAUUCGAAUAAAGAGAUGCAUACUUUCUGA